AGGAUCCUCCGUAAAAACUCUUCGUAUUACUAAUGAUACUAUCGAGUUUCUCGAUGGUCAGGGAGAACAAGUUCAAGUUAAUUUUGCACCUGAUAUAAAUAAAGAACUAAUUGAAGGAGACCGAAUACAUCUAUUUAUUGAAGAUCUCCAUAGGAUUGGUAAUCCUAUGACAGAGAUUGAGAAGGUAGAUGGUAAAAAUUGGAGUCAACAAAUGGAUCACUUGGGAGAAAAGUUGGCCACAUAUAAUUGGAAUGCAUAUGCAAAAGAAGAAAUAAGAGACCGAUUUACCUCUAGUCGUUUUAAAAAUGCUCUAAAGGUUGCUUAUUUAAUAAGCACCGAGAACAUCAACAUAUUGCUUGAAGAGGCCCAGAAGGGAAGCCAAGAAGAAAUUGAGCAAAUGUUAGACCUUGACUAG